AUGAUCAAACUCAUUCACCAUACUAUUGAUUUCUACAUAACAUUACUUGACACCACAAACAUCUACGACCCUCGCACCGAUGAAAUUCUUGUCUACAAGGUAAACGCUCACGCUCCGGCGGAGAUGGAAACCAAUCAACCGCCAAAAGACAGAGACACCAUUGUUGACAUCGUGAGCAGUGAAAGUGAAAGUGAAUGUGAAGGUAACAAAAGAGCAAAAACUGUGGUUCGAUCUGCUGUAGGUAGAACAGCUUUAACUGUUGAAGCAUCAGAGGAAGGUGAAUGCAGCAGUAAUUCCUACAGAAACUCAGUGAAAUCAAGCGAUGAUGACUAUGAAGAUCUGGAAUCAUUAACACACCACAAAUUUGUAAAGAAUGGUGAACAUAAUACACCUCUUUUAGAAAAGACAAGUCUGAAAGAAAAGCGCAAGAUUUCACAUACGAAAAAGGCUCCAAAACCACCUAGACCACGUAAAGGUCCAUCUUUAGACACAGCUGAUUUACAACUGGUUAAAGAGAUUGCUGAACAGACCAUGAAAAGGCGUGCAAGAGUUGAAAGAUUGAAAGCUUUGAAGAAGAGAAGAGCAGCUAAAUCAUCGUCACCAUCAUCACCAUCAUCAUCAUCAUCAUCAUCAAACAGCAGCCUCUUUGCUAUGGCCAUAACUGUUCUCUUUUUCCUUGUCAUAAUUUUCCAAGGUUUUGGUUCAGGUCAAAGUUCAAGUUUGAGUUUUGAUGAUUCUCCAAAGUCAUCAGGAGCACCAUCAAGUGGUUUGAUCUCCAUUGAGAUUGGAAAUAACUUCAAUGAUGUUCAACAAAUUGCAAACCCUCCAAAGAAACAUGUGACACGUAAGAUAUAUGGCACCAGUUCCAGUUUUGUGGAACAAAAGUCUGUUUCCAAGUCUAGGACUUUGGUUGAAUGAGGAAAGUUAAAACAUAAAGCAUGUGGCUGCAUAGGUGGAUAAUCGUUUUUUGGCUUUUAGGCUAAAAUUGUUUUACACAUGGAG